AUAUAUAUAUAUAUAUAUGUAUGUAUAAUUAUAUUGUAGGGUACAUUCUGAUGAAACAACCCCAGAAUUCACGUGCUAGCUAUAAAGGGUAUUUCGAGAUGGGCAGGUGGGACAAGUUUGGUGUGUAUUUGCUGAGUAUUGCAUUGCUGGGGUGGGUGGUGGUGUUGGGUGUGAAAGGGUAUCCAGCCGAGGAUCUGGUUGUGAAAUUGCCUGGUCAGCCUAAAGUUGGGUUUAAGCAGUUUGCUGGGUAUGUUGAUGUGGAUGAAAAGGCUGGGAGGAGCUUGUUUUAUUACUUUGUUGAAGCUGAUAAAGAUCCUGACAAGAAGCCCCUCACUCUUUGGCUCAAUGGAGGGCCAGGGUGUUCCUCCAUUGGUGGAGGUGCUUUUACAGAAUUGGGUCCGUUUUAUCCUAGAGGUGAUGGCCGAAGCCUUCGAAGAAAUUCAAUGUCUUGGAAUAGAGCAUCAAAUCUCCUGUUUGUUGAAUCCCCUGCCGGUGUUGGGUGGUCGUACUCAAAUACUUCUUCAGAUUAUAUUUGUGGGGAUGCCUCCACUGCCAAGGAUAUGUAUAUUUUCAUGAUGAAAUGGUACGAGAAGUUCCCAGAAUUCAAGUCCAGAGAAUUGUUUCUUACUGGAGAAAGUUAUGCAGGACACUACAUACCACAGUUGGCUGAUGUUCUACUGGAUCAUAAUGCGCUUUCAACUGGCUUCAAGUUUAACAUCAAAGGAGUUGCUAUUGGGAAUCCUCUUCUCAGACUUGACCGGGAUGUUCCAGCAAUAUAUGAAUUCUUUUGGUCACAUGGGAUGAUUUCUGAUGAAAUUGGCCUUACCAUCAUGAAUGAAUGUGAUUUUGAUGACUAUGUUUUUGAGAGUCCUCAUAAUGUAUCCCAGUCAUGCAACCAGGCCAUAGCUGACGCAAAUAGCAUUGUUGGUGAAUAUAUAAACAAUUAUGAUGUUAUCCUAGAUGUUUGUUAUCCAUCUAUUGUAGAACAAGAAUUGCGAUUGCGGAAGAUGGCCACCAAGAUAAGUGUUGGUGUUGAUGUGUGCAUGACCUAUGAAAGGCGUUUCUACCUUAACCUCCCUGAGGUUCAGAUGGCACUUCAUGCAAAUCGCACCAAAUUACCUUAUCCUUGGAGUAUGUGCAGUAGUCAAUUAAGUUACAGUGACACUGAUGGUAACAUCAACAUCCUUCCUAUUCUCAAAAAGAUUAUCAAAAACCGUAUUCCGGUUUGGAUAUUCAGUGGGGAUCAAGAUUCUGUCGUGCCACUGCUUGGCUCGAGAACACUUGUCCGUGAACUAGCUCAUGAUUUGAACUUCAACAUUACGGUCCCAUAUGGAGCUUGGUUUCACAAGCACCAGGUGGGUGGUUGGGUGACUGAAUAUGGAAAUUUAUUGACCUUUGCCACUGUGAGGGGGGCUGCACAUAUGGUACCAUAUGCACAACCAUCAAGAGCCUUGCAUCUGUUCAGUUCAUUUGUCCGUGGCCGGAGACUGCCUAAUAACACACGUCCCUCGAUUGACGAAUGAGAAUAUUGCACUCAACAUCAACAGUACAGUCUGAUAGAGUUUCAAGUUUCACAAUUUGCUUAUCCAAAAGGUAAUAGGAAUUAUUGACUUCUCAGGAAAUAAGGUGUCAUUAGAAGAAAAAGAGACACUGGAUUGAUAGUAGCAGAGAGAGGAGAAUUUGAUGUAGGACUUUUAUUUCAUUGAAUUAGUGGCAAUUCUCGCGUCUGAUAGAAAUGGAUCAGGCUCUGAUUAGCUUGAUAGAGUGAAUUUAUUUUUUGUUUGGAUUUUGGGGCAAUGUAAUUUGAUUCAUUGGUUUAGAUUUAAUACAAGUGCAUUGCAUCUCAAUGAACUAAUUUCCUGGAAAAUGUACAUCAGGGAAGCUCUCAUAUGGUUGCGCAAAGAGUCGAAGCAGCCAGCCAGUGUAAUGUGAUUAAUUGAAGCUUCUAGGUUUCAAACCAACCAUAUCCAACUGCUAGGACAAUAUAUUUUAGACUUGUGGGAUAAUUGAAGCUUCUAGGUUUCAAACCAACCACAUCCAACUGCUAAGACAAUAUAUUUUAGACUUGUGGGAUGCAAUUGCCAGCGAUGUCGAUGCCAUUGCUUCAGAAUCUAUCUUUCCUUGAUAAA